CGAGACAAUCACCCAUCAGAGCAUAGUCGCCAGCAAAGAAAACCCUUCCUGAAGUGGGUUUUCUUUGCCUGUGCUGAACUGUGGCUUGGAGCUUAGCCUGCAGAUAGCAGAAGGAAUUUUUGACAGUAAAAAGGGUUUCACAGAGUGACACUGGCGAGCUGGUCUUGGAAUUUUCGCACCUAAGCGAAAAUUUAGCAGGGUUGUUUCUUUCACAAUGGCGUAUAUUUCGUGCCUCUGUUGUCUAUUGGGAGCUUUGAUGCUAGCUGGAAUGGCUAACGGCCUGACUGGGUUACGUCUUAGAGGCGGAAAGCAUCGCUUUGAGGGUAGAGUGGAAGUUGAAUAUAAUGGUCAGUGGAGAGGCGUGUGUGACCAUGGCUGGGACCGGAAUGCGGCGAUGGUUGUAUGUCGAAUGCUUGGAUUUCCUGACGCUUUGCGCUAUUUUAGAGGGUUAGUAUCGCUAGUCUUCAAAAUCCAUUUUUUUCUAGUUAGAAUUAAUAACAUUGCAGUAAAGUUAUAUCGUAUCUUUUUAAAAAUAUUUUAUAUUGUUGCAUCUCAAGUCAUUCAAGUCGACGUUAAUUAUCACAAGACACGUAAAUACACUUUUGUGCAGUAAAAUAUUUACGUGUAGUUGAAUUUUAUUUAUAUAACCUAUGAUCCCCCAAGUGGAGAGCGUGCUCGGAUGCUGGGGAUUGACAAGCAAUUCAGAUUUUCUACCAAAGACAUUCAAUGUGCAUCAGGAGCCUAAAUUACACCCGGGACAUUAAACAAGUGUUAGAAGUUAUCAAUAAUCUUUCAAUCUGACACAAUUGUUCAUCUAUUUUGUAGAUUACUGGGAUAUUUUCUGUAAGAGGAGAUUUUCUAUACUCGGUUAUAAACGGGUAGCACGCGCAUGAGAGAUAGUUGGUCUCUGAAGCUUUUGAUCCAAUCUCGAAAUCUUGGAAUCAUUUGUGCGCGGAGAUGCGUGCCUGCCUCGCGCACUGUCAAUUUAGACCUUAUUCGUCAGCUUGAAUAGAAAUAAUACGAAAUAAGAACCAUCAAUGCGCCUUAGACCACAGAAAUCUUCAUUCGUGACAGAAAAUAUAGUAUUUCGUGAUUUCCAUUCCGACCUCACAGCAAUCAAGAUGUGGGGCAAAUAAUUAAUCGAAUUACAUUAAGAGACCAUAGUGGUCUUCUGAUGAAAUGUAUUUGGGAGACCCGAAGUAUACCCCUGCAUACGAUAUCUGCGCCAUGAGCCUAUAACCCACUAUUGUAUGGUAAUUUAAAAAGUUAUACGAAUUGCGGACCGGCUCGGUGUAGUCUCAUGUAACAAAAGAGUGUAUUCAACCGUUAAAUGCUAACGGUUCUGAGGAUGAGUUUAAGCCGAAAAACCAACGCAGCGAAUUCCUCUGCAAGAUACCCUGUAAUCAUCUAGGACUUCUAGGGGAAAAGUUCCGGGGGAGGUUGCCUCUCUCACUCUCUCUCUCUUCCCCUUUACUCCCCCCGCGGGGGAUGCUCCCUGGUAUGUGCUUCUGGGUUAUGGUUUUUGACCUCUCUUCCCUAAACAGGGUAUAUAAUUUUGAGCGAGUCUGUCCUAAUUAUAAACAGGAUGAAAUUUGUUUGCAAUCCAAGUACACAAAAGCAAUGACUAUAUCGGGAAUUUGCUCUAUCGCGAUUGCCUGUAAAUGGCUUUAGAACAAAACGGCGUGCAUUUCAUCCUUUGUCCUUAACAGGGUAUUAGAACUGAGGGUGUCGUCCUAACAGGGUCAGGGUUUCAGACCCUCAGCGGCUCACCUAUACCCAAAUAUUGGACAAGUGCCCCCCCCGGUUUUUUCUCCUCUCUGACUUCGCGUCCCACGUCCCGCGUCCCACUCCGAUAUAUGACACCUGGCACAGGCUAACCACUAACAUACAGCUGGCUUUCUUCAAAGGUCCGAACACUUUGGUAAAGGAACAAAGGACUUUUGGCUGGAUGACGUAAGAUGUUCCGGAUAUGAAACCUCCAUAGCGCAAUGUUCUCACAGAGAAUGGGGACACCACAACUGUCAAGACAUCAACCCUGCAGGGGUCAUGUGUAAACUCCAUAUCAACGACAUGAUAGUUAAGCCCAAGCAUUCCGAGGCUAGUGGUAAGGUAAUCUGCCAGCUUUUUUGCUUUUUUAUUACCAUAAAGCUUUAGAUUCGAGGACGAGAACGACUACGAGUACGAGAUUUUCUCAAUACUAAGCAGUGCUCGCGCGUGAACCAGCGAAAUUUUGGCGGGAAAACGUGAUAGCCGUCGUCAUUCUACUACGAGUUUCAGCGAGAAUGUCGUGUUAGCGGACAUAAGUUAUAAAGUGUAUUUUGUGGUUGGGAGAUAGCUUAACCUCCUUCAAUCAAGAUAACAGUGCAAUUUUUUUUUGGUGAAAAAGAUGUACAAUGAAGCUAUCCGGGAGACUAUUAUUUGAGAAUGCGCGAAAAAAAUUAAGUUAAAUCUCGUACUCGGAGUCGUUCUCGUCAUAGAAUCUAAAGGUCUCUAUUUUUAAGCUCUCUACUGUUACAGUGGAAUUCGGUUAAUACGGACACGAUGGGGACAUGCCUUAGUGUGCGUAUUAUCUAGGUGUUCCAUAUAAAGCGGGCACUCGGAAAAAAAGUCACGGACACUUUUUUAAUUAUCUUAAGACUAAAGCAGACAUUUUUACGAGACGUCGUUUAAUUUCUUAAAGUUAGCUAUAAAAAGUUCAUCCUAAAAAACUUCACGAUCACUUAUCAUAGUCUCUGACUAGAAUUAACCAUUCAAGUAUUCUUGUCUUGAAAAACAACAAAGGAAUCCGUGACUUUUAAUUUGUACUUGCGCUUUUGCGACUCAGCCAGUGGACUGAAUAUAAAACAAAGCCUUUGAAAGUUCAUCCGCUGUUCCUGUUAGUUGUUCACUGGUGUUUCACAGUUAUAGACAGAUGUAGCUAUAGACAGUGCUCAAGUAAACAAUGUCCGUAAAGAGGGGUUGACGAUGUAUGAGAGUUUGUAAUUAACUAGGGACACAGAAAAGUGUCCGAUGUCCUUAUCAACCCGUGUCCGUAUUAAGCGGGGCAAUUUGAUAGAAAAUAUAUGAGCCUUUCGUCGGGACAAACAAAACUUAUAUACGGAUGUCCGUAUUAGGCGGGUUUCCCUAGAGCAGGGUUCCAUUGUACUGUUCUUGCGCCGGUUUUCGUUACGGUUGCUAUUUUUUUUGUUGUCGUUGUUGCUGCUUUUGCUACAGGUUAACCAAGAGAAGAUGAUAAAAUUCAGUGACUGAAUAUCUGAAAGGAGUGACCAGGUCCCCGUCUUAGUAAAGCGUCCAUUUUAUUGAAAAUCACAGAAAAUGACUGAAGAACAGCAGACACCAACUCUAGGUGUCCGUCCGUUCCAGGGAGGUGUCCGCCGACACAGACAGUUCUACGUGUCCGUUUUAGGGGAGUGUCCUUCUAAAAAAGAGGUCCCGUGACAGCGUUGACUGUAACACACACUUUUUAAAAUCAAGAUCGGGGAAGUCUGUAAGAGGUGCUGUCCAAGUAUUUGUAUAAAGAAAGGUUAGCCUUGCUUCGACAGCUUGUCCGGAAAAGUAUAUUAUGCGGUAAGAGACAAAACUCUUAUCGCGCCUUAAUUGCUGUAAUCGGACUAAGCCUCUAAGUUAAAUACUCAAUACUUAAACUCGUGAAUGGCCUAGAAAAGUCUCACAUAUUGUAUUGUAGAGGAUUUUAGUCGACUAUAGGGCAACUUCCAGAAAGGCGCUUCCUUAAUAUGUAAGAUUCAUAAUAUAUAGAUUUGCAGUAAGCAUCUGUUCAAGUCAGGAAGGCCACUAAAGUCGUAAAUUGUAAAUAGUGUCAAUAUUUAGUGUCAAAACUACGAGACGUAUAAGAUUGACGUUUCUAUUGGAGAGCAAGUUUCAAAAUCAUAUCGUGGCAAAAUGCCUUCACAAGUAUCAGUGAAGGUCACAUAACGCAUCAAAAUUUGCUUCUAUAAUGGGUCACUUACUGUCCAAAGCUUUGAAGCACGAUACACCAAACAGUUAAACUCUUUUGGAACCUUCAACAUUCAUACGCUAUGGUCUGUGUUUUCUUUGCAGGUCUCAAAGGUGAAAAUAAGACUGCGAGGCCCUGUUGUGCGUGACUACAUCUCUGAGGGUGUGGUCCAGGUGGAACACGAGGGAAAGUGGGGGUACAUCUGUCCUUCUGGCUGGACAUCUGUCAACUCGUACGUGUUAUGCGGACAUCUUGGAUUCCCAAACGCUGAGGAGCAGGAGUCGUAUUCAGUGACGAUACAGGAGAUGAAGCCCGUUUAUUGGCUGGACCAAGUCACGUGUAAGGGGUGGGAAUCGACAAUCAUGUCAUGUGACCAUGCGGGGUGGGGCCAUCAUCAUUGUGAGAGUGGUGGGGUGUUAAAGAUCAAGUGCACUCGAAGAAAUGAAGGGAAGGUUAGUGGCAUUAUUUACCACCAUCGAGCGCGGUGAUUAGCGAUCAACAUACAGUUUACUCCUAAAGGCCCAUUUACAAAAACUACUUUCAGUGUGAUUUUUGCUGCAAUUUAAGCAAAGAAUUUUUAGGCGCGACCUCACAUGUACCUCGCAUAUCAAGGCUGAGUCUAGGUACAGUGUAAAUAACAUUGAGAAGAAUUAUGGAAUUUCUCAUAGUAUUAUUCAUGAAAAUGAGCCUUACCGCAAAGACAAAUUUUGGAGAGCUAAAAGAAAACUCAAUUUUUUAAUAUGUGUGCCCGAUGUUUCAGUUUGAAACAUUGAUCAAGAAGAUAAACUGUAUGUAUUUCAAACCGAAAUAACGGGAAUAAAUUAGCUGUCCUUUCUCUCUUUACCGCAAGGAUCAGUUAGCUGCUAAUUAUUCGAUUUUGUCCUUUGUACUGAUCCACAAUUUGAGUUUUUUUUUGAGACUCAAGCACUGACUCAUUGGUUUAUAAUUAUUUUUGGCUCAUCUAUUUUAAGUUUUUUUUAUGAUUCAUCAUCUCAAUGUUAUUCUCGUUUUAUAUCUUUUCCAUUAUUUCUGUAAUAUAACGGAUUUUCAUACAGAACCUAUGUGAAAAUAUGGCUGAUUCACUUAUGCACAUUCCCUACCUUCUAAAUUGGACUUCCGGGAUUGGAUGAACUGUUCAUUUACACUUACAGGAGCCCAUAACCUGGAGUGUGCAACUUCCAUACUUGGCUUAUGCUACGGCGUUUUCACAGACAAGUUUAUUUUUAGCACUAUUAUGCAACACUUUUUCCCGCGAAAAUUGAAACACUGUCUCGUAUGAUUGCGCAUCCUAGGACGAUAAUAACAAAAAGAAAAUUUUAAAUGUUUUCAAAACAUGAGAAAAACAACCUCUAUGUCUCCGGUUUUGCUGAUGGAUUUGUAGUGCUUAUGAGAUAGUUCAAAAUUCGCGGAAAACUCGAUGUAACAAUUAAUGAACUGGUCUGUGAAAACGCCGUUGCACCGGCAAAAGGGAGUUGCUCGUUCCGGGGGAACUCCCUUAUAAAAGUGACAGGGAUCCUCGUAAGAAAAUCAAAAUUAAAGCUCUAAGGGAGACCAAUGUAGGUGUGGCUCAAGCUUAAACUAACCCCUAAAGGAGACCAUACCAAAACAGACGUUGCGGCUUUUUAUAAAUUUCUUUAUCUACAGCUCUAAGCGAUACUUAAAUGAGCAAAUAUAGAGACUUUUCGUCCCAAACACCGCACGUGAGACCAAAAUCUUCAAUUUACACUCCUAAGCGAGACGACAAGCAUCCCUGUCACUUUUAUAUGGUAGGCCCCCCCCCCUCCCCCCUUCCGAGGAGAGGCUCCUGCUUAUGUCAUGUGACUUCACUCAUUUAGCCACUAGAGGUACGUCUUCGUGGUGGAGUCCAGGUCUCCGAAGGGCGUGUGGAAAUUAAACACGGUGAAGUCUGGGGCACUAUCUGUGAUGACCACUGGACUCUAAAUGAAGCAAAUGUCGUCUGCAGAUCACUAGGAUAUGGGUCAGCAGCAGAAACAGCAAGGAAUUCGUAUUACGGGAGAGGAGUUGGAAGGGUCAGUGAUCUAGUUUUAGGUUAUGCGUAUCGCUUCGUACCAUUAAUCCGUUACAUAAGCAAACAUGUUAUUAACCAAUAUUUUCCAGUGGCCGGAGAGAUAACGUUUAGAUAACGAGGAGAUACGGAAUUUUUGUCCCUUUUCACCGUGAUUGAUUUUCCAGGAGCGUUUUCGUGCUUACACGCGAAAGUGCACCUGGCAUUACAAUGGUGUUUAUAUAGUUAAAACGCACUUUAUUAAUUUGAGUGUGAAUAUACUUCUAACACGAUAAUUAAGGACACUGUUUUACCUUUCCUACUGGAGACGAAACUCCCUUAAAUUUACGUGUUCAACCGAGCAGGGCGAACAACUUAACCGUUGUCUAUUUUAAUAAUACAAAAAUAUGGUUUUCCCUUCGUCAAUGUUAGGAAAUAACAGCAAUUACGCGCACGGUACAAACAUUUAUGUUUUGUUCAACAUUAGGCCAAGGGUGGGCGAAAAAGGAAAAAUGAGGUAAAAAAGUAUCAGCCUUCCCAUCACUUUGACGAUAAUUGCAGUUCUACCGUGGUGGAACGAAUAACUGCGAUUUUAAAAACCUUGGUAGUUAUUAAGUGCUGAAAAUCUGAUAUAUUCUUAUUCCAGCGUCUUUCAUGGUAUCACUUGAACAGUACGAAAUCUAAAUUUUAGUCAGUCUUAUUACAAUUCCUAGUGUUUGUAUUUCAACUCACAAAAAGGCUCGACCUGAUCAGUAUUAGGCUAUCUAUGUUCAUUCUACACCGGAUAGCUUUUGCGCCUGCGCGGCGAAAACUAUACCGGAUAGGAUUUCUAGAUCUGUUGUAACGUAAGAAAGUUGCCUCGUACCCAGACGUCUCUCUUUAAAACGUGCGCGCAAAGGAAGGCGGGAAGGAGACAACCCUUCCCAUGGUCCCUUGCGGCUCAUCACAAGUCACUCGUUUCGCCCUCGCCUCUGCCAUGCGAAAAACGAAGCGCCUGAGGUAGCCUGCGUGGCAGGCGCAAAAAGGGGAGGGGGAGGGGGGAGGGAGAAAGGGAAAAGGGAAGGGAAGGCCUGCUCUAAGAGCCUAUGUUUUUGCAUAACGCCUACCAAUUUUCUAGUAAUCCGAUUACGCUUACUGUCAAUCAAGUGUCGCUACACUCGCCAUUGCAGAAAAACAUUACAUUCACGGACUAAAGAAAUUCGCUUAGUUAUUCAGAUCCAGAAGGCACUUUGGAGAAAAACCCUUAUUCAGCCGUAAUAAAAAAAGCUUUACGCUUCAAAAGAGGUCAAAGAAAUUGCGCUUGCAUCAGAGGGCAAAUCCUGCCGACCAGAAAACAAUAACUAGAGUCAAUCGAUAUGUAUGCCAUGACCUCUCAGUGUGAAACAUGCGGCUAAAAUAACAUUUGCUCAGUUUGAAUGCAGAACCUUCCAGAGCAUAAUCUACCCAGCAGAUAAAAACAACUUUAUAGGAAUAAGCAGCUUUUUGGCAUGAGGUAAAACCACCCUCUUUUAUUGCUAAGUUACAUCGGCGAAUGUAUCGUUCGAUAAAUUGACUAAAUCUUUCGCUGGGUAGCCCAACAAUUCCAUCUCCUGCAACUGGUCUUCGAUAAUACUUUUCAGUGGCGAAAUGACGAGAAUCGCCGCAUUACCAUUUAGCUCGUAGAUCUUCGCGCGUACAAACAUUUGGUAAAUUAAACUCUUGCCACAUCCGGUCCGCAAAACCUCCAGAACAUCUCUGUCGGCUAAAAGAGCCCUUAUUGCUGAUUCUUGCUCUGGUUUUAAAACAGUUUCUCUACCACUAGAUAAAUUCACAUCUCUCAAAGCACUCUCUACGACAUCCACGUCUACCGCUGCCAUCUCGACUGUUUGUUGAUUUGUGAAACGCGCAUUUCAAUUUGUUACUCAAUACGGCUCAGCCAAUCAGGAAUUUGCGGACGCCAGCGUCCGCAGAUAUGAACAAAAGGGGGUUCUUAGAGCAGGCGUCCCCUCCCCCUCUCCCCAAUCCCCUCCCCUUUUUCCCUUCCUCCCUAUCCCCUACCCCCUACCCCUUUCGACGCCUGCUACGCAGGCUACGCCUGGGGAGGAGGCUGGUAAGAAAGGUGAUUUCGCGCGCGAUUUAUGUAACGGCGCGAAGCUGCGCAGGGCUGAUCUCUAAAAGGGAGGAGCGGGGGGAGGGUCGCAUAUCGGAUAGUUGUUCAUACUAUACCGGACAGCUUUUGGUGUCCGCACGAAACUUAGCUAUCCGGUAGAUUUGCGCAUGACCGUGUACCUCUCAAUCUUGUUCCCCAAACUGAAUGACUUUUCUUCAUUGUUCUGCUAGAAGCUAGGGCUUCUUGUGAGGUCCGUGCUGGGUUUCUUUAAGACUGAUUCCUAAGUGACACUUUCUCGAGUGCAAAAUGAGGAAUGCUGUCAGUACUCUAGUCAGUCCUGGAAGGUAGUUCUAAAACAAUUGUUUUAAAAAUAAAGAAAAUGCAGACCUUUCUGAGAUUUUGAAGAAUGCUCCUUCAUAUGCGUAUCGUUCAGUGGUAAAAGAAAAUAGAGAAAACAACCAACUUUUCGAUGUUUUACUGAUCAUUACUGUUUUAAAUUAAUUACUGUUUCGACUUUAGGUCAUGAUGGAUAACGUUUACUGCCGAGGAACGGAGAAAAGCAUUGAUCAGUGUCGUCAUCGUGGCUGGCACAGAUCGAACUGCGAUCACUAUGAAGAUGGUGGAGUCAAAUGUCACGUGCCACAGCUGCAAGGACAUAAGGUACGCAUACUCCAACCUAAAGUAGUACGUACAGGUUGUCUGAUAUAUGAUUUAAUUUUGAACCCAAUUUACCAAUCCAGCAUUGAUUUUAGCCGUGAGGUAAUUUUUUGAAACGUCAAGCAUCGUAGGAAUUCACCUUUAACUGCUCAGACGCGCAACAAAAUGAAAUGAGUCCUGCCGUUUUAUACAUUGAGUGGGCUGCGUGCUUAGCCCAGUUUCGCUGGGCUUUGAUAAAGGCUUGUAAAGAAUGCUGGUGCUUUUAUUAAUGUCCACAUCGACAUUAAGUAAACUAAUAUCGGUUGUGUUUUUUUUUCUCUGUUUCUCCCUUUCUCAACGGACCCUGAUGACUGCUUUUCGAUGUGUUAUAUUGCCCCAUCCCGAUUUAUAUCGGCCAAGUUUUCACUGCCUCUAAUAGGCUUGUCCCGUAAAAUGCUGGAAAGAUGUUUAAAAAAAUGCCAAAAAUCCAAAAAGUUGCUACCUUCAUUUCAAAAUUUGCUACAUAAAUUUCUUGAUAUUUUAAAUUUAAACGUUUUUCCGACUCCUCCAACAAAUUUUCUAAAGAAAGCGAAACGCCCCGGGGACAAGAGUUUGCGAUUUAAAGCGCUUCUACUUCAAUCGUCAUUAGAAGAUUUCAGUGCAUUUUAUAAUUUUCAACAGAUAAGGCUCCGUGGCGGUGGGUACCCUCGAGAGGGGCGGGUUGAAGUGUUUCAUGAUAAUGGAUGGGGAACAGUUUGCGCUGAUGGAUGGGGGAUAGAGGAAGCCAUGACAGUCUGCAGACAGUUGAACCUUGGAUUCGCAGGCCGAGCUGUUACCAACGAUAAGUUUGGUGAUACCGAUCUGAAAGUUAUUAUGUCUGGAGUUAAAUGUCGCGUUGACGAGAUCUCGCUUUAUUACUGUCAACAUGAUAACUGGGCUAACACCACCUGCAGCAGCGAGGACAAGGUUGCGGGAGUUGUUUGUGUUGAUGGUAUGUUACUACUGAAAGACCUAGAUCACGAGUUCAAAGGCGUGACAAUAGCUAACUACGAGAAAAUGACUGGACAACCGACAAUUUGAUUAACAAUAAACGACUGUUCAACUCUGAAAAUAGACCUAGCAUCUAUUUUUUCAUUGAUUUUGAUUGGUUCUGAUGUGUUAUUUAGUUAAAUUUCAUUGGCUAGUGGCAUUUGCUACUUGAUUUUCAUUGGCUCUUUAACUGUCCGAUUUGACCUGACAGAUUACAAGCUCCUGGUAAUCGGACAGGUCGAAUAGGACAGUUUUUGGAGUUGCAAUAGCACUAUUAAGCUAUAAAUAUGGGCUGUUAAGAACCAAUCAGAUUCAAGCAUUUUAUUAUUAGACCGAAUUGGACUCCACUCAUUCUUAUUACCAUUAUUUAUCAGGAACUCAACAGAUUUUAGUCAUUUCUUAUAAUAGUCAGUUAACAUUAUUAUUGUCAAUUAUUACUAUUACUAUUGUUAUUAUUAUUAUUAUCAUUACUAUUGUUAUUUUUGUUAUUAUUUUCAUUGUCAUUAUCACUAUCAUCAUCAUCAGCAUCAUCAUCGUCAUCAUCAUCAUUAUCAUUAUUUGUAUGAGGGACGUCUGCUUGCUUGUUAUCAGAUUAUACAGUAUGCUGUUGCAUGGCAGAUACACCUUUCCCUUUUUUUUCUUUUUGCAUUUUAGCUUUACCGGAUAUUGUCCCUGAUAUUGAUGUCCUUCGUCGUGAUAUGCGAUUGAGCAUUAUUCCUAUGCAGUACCUGAGGUGCCCACUGGAGGAAAAUUGUCUUUCGGAUUCUGCAGGUUAUGUCAUCAGGUAACCGAGACGUCACUUGUGAUUCAGUCAGUGCGUCAAUCAGUCAGUCAGUAAGUCAUUCAGUUAUACUAUCAGUGAGUCAUUCCAUCAGUGAGGCAAUGCGUUUUCCUAGAAGUCUAGCUUGCGUAGCUUAUUCUUGUGCCCGCGGUACUCUCUUGGCAGCCGAGCCGCCACGCGAAGCGAGGGGUGAAGCCGCGAGGGAAAAAUUCAAAUUGACUUGUACCCACACUUCUCGCGGCUCCACCGCCAAAACAGCACUCCCACGCUGAUCCCGCCAGCUACGCAGGCUACCUGAAGUCAUUUACUUAAUAUUGCCCUUCCCAAUUAAUCUUUCAUCCAGUUCUCCUCUUUCAUUUUAUAACUUUUUCUUGCUACUACAUUCACCAAGAUUCUGUUCAUUUACAGUGACUCAAUAUAUUAUAUGCGGCGACUUUUGAGGUUUAGUGUUCAGAUUGAAAAUCGAGGGUUAGCAGAUUUUCGUCCCGUGGUACCCAGAAGUGAAUGGAUUUGGCACAAGUGUCACAAGCACUAUCACUCCAUGGAGACGUUCUCCUCGUAUGAUGUAAUCAGUAAGUUUCAUUUUAAUGACGACCUCUCACUGGAAUUAGAAGUGGUGGCAUUUUUGACAUACGUCAGUUAUUUGUCAUAUGUUGCUAGUAGCCUGAUACCUGGAACUCGUAACUUCAGUGUACAAAGCUUUGGUCUCGGCGUUUUCACAGUCCACUAAUUGUUUUCUAACGUAGGGACAUUUUAGAGUUCGAGCAAAAUGUAAGCUCCUAUCCAAGAGUGCGCGCAGUCGUCGUAUGUCGUUCUGAAUAGUUUAUGCGACUCAAUCGAUAACCUUUAUCAAUCGCACUUUCAGAGCACCCCCAAGAACCUAACAUUAGUACGACUGGGGACGCAAUGAAGCUCAAUGAUGUUCUUCGGUAGAUUUGGGCCAACUAUUAACAGGAUAAGCCAUUCAGGAGUAUUCAGAGCCCUCCCUUGUCAUUGUCCCUGCAGGUUUAAACCAGGGGGAGAAAAUAGCAAAGGGCCACAAAGCCAGCUUUUGUUUAGAAGACAGUAGGUGCACGGCAGGAUAUGACAGGAGAUUUAACUGUUCCGUACGGGGAGGCCAGGGAAUAUCCCCCGGAUGUUACGAUCUCUACAGCUGGAGGACCGACUGUCAAUGGGUGGAUGUUACAGAUUUUCCACACGGUACAUAUUUCCUCCGAGUGCAUCUGAAUCCAGGGAACCAAGUUGCGGAGUCAGACUUUAGGAAUAACGUCGCCAAGUGUUCUGUGUAUGAUUACGGCAACUUCGUCAUUACCCGGAAGUGCUGGAUUGGUAGGAUUGAAUUAAAAACUAUGUUAAUUACAUUUAAAGCAAUUUAUGGGCUAGCUCUAAGUUAUAUUUGUGAACUUACUAAUUUCAAGGAAAGUGGAAGGUACAACGUAACAUGAGGUUAAACAAAGGACUCCUCCAACCAGCUCUAAGUAUUAUUAGGUGACCGGACCUUGUGGCUGAGGAACCAAAUCUCUGGAACAGCUUGCCCGUGAAUAUUCGUAAUGAGGAAAAUUUUAUGAAGACCAAGAAUUAAGGUCGCGUUCCUUGUUUUGGAAAUCCAAAAACUGGUUUUUAAACUCCGAGUGGAUUUGUAGCUUUUGCGUAUGUGCAUCCUCGAGGGCACGGAUGCCAAAAUAUCCUGGCGGCUUUCUACGAAAAUAUGAUCGAUGCCCACCGCGUUCUAGUAGGUUCGCGUGUGAGAGAUCAGAGAGAGGGUGGGGCGGGGGGAAGUUUAAAAAAAGCCUGGUAACGAAAUUGGCCCCUCUUCUUGAAUUUUUAUGACGUCAUACGUUGUUGGAAGAGUUUUACCUAAGGGGAAGGGGGCUGGGUUCCCAACAUAGUCUUUUACGGGUAGACUCAGCCCCGAGGUCCAGUCCCUUACCAUUUCGGUGUAUACCAUUUUUGACAGAAAAAGCACCCCUUUCGUAUAAAGAUGACAUACCCGUUUAGCGUUUAUAGCUACUUAAUAAGAAUAAAUCGCUGAAAAGGGAAGUCUUCCUGAAGUCACUACAGGGAAAUAUCAGAUGGAUGCCUUGAUGCAUUGACCGAGCGAAAAACCAACAACUGGUCAGCGGAUAACGUUAAAAAAUACAUCGCUACAAUGAGUUGAACACUUGGGGCCGCGAUACAGUCAAAUGACACUGGUCAGCGGGCGUCCUUUUUUUACAGCUGUCAUUUGACCAUGACAUGGAUAUCUAUAAAGAUGUCCACCAUAUAUCAAGUUAAAAACAGAUUGUAUAUGCCUUGGACACACGUAGCUAGUAAUGGCCGGUCAUUAAUAAUUACAAGAAAACAGCCAAUCAGAGCGCGCAUAGUAUUGAAGCCAUAUGAUAAAUAGCCACAAAGGCUCUUUUAAAUAAUUAAAUGAUAGAUUUUCUACUCUUCUAUAUACUUCAACUCCUGAAUUCCCUACCCAUUAAGUUAACUUCGGCCUGAAAAAGGCUACUCUUUUGGGCUGAGCCUCCCCGUACAUAGGGGAUGCCCCCCGGUUUUACCGUUGCAGGUAUUUACCAAUUAUUCUGUCUUAAGGCACGUCUUUUGUUUCUUCCUUGGUUAGAGGAAUGUGACAGUGGAAUAGACACACACGGUGGGAAUUCUGGAGGGAAUUGCUGUGUGUUUCCAUUUCUGUAUAAAGACAAACUUUAUCACGACUGCACCAUGGACGGUUACAGCAAAAAAUGGUGUUCUACGUCGUAUAGUUUUGUUGAUGAUGGAAAAUGGGGACUGUGCUACACCUAG